AUUGUUUAUGCGUGCGGUCUAGGUCAGGGCAUAACAUUUAGGCCAAGAUUAGUUCAGUUUACCAUAUAUAAUAUAUAUAACACGAAUGUAUUCUUAUACAGACCAAUAGCUUUAAAAAAGGUUUACAGAUAUAGCUUACACAUACAUAUAAGCUAUGGUAAGCAUAAGACCUUUAUUUGCGUUGUGUUUUCUACUGGUGCAAGUUCAUGGCUUGGAAAAUGCAAUGCGAGAUUUAUCAGUGGUGAACCAAACUACAACACUCGCUCUAAAAUAUCGAUGUAAUCACCCUGAUGAGUUCAUCAAUGACGUCACGAUAUGCCUGACGUCAUUCGCACGAUAUUCUCAGAAUAUGACGUCGCAAGAGAUAUGCGACUUUAAACUUAUUUGGAGACCCUACGACACCUUAUCCAGAUGUAUAAACGCCUCGACAUCUAAUGGUAACUGUUGGGACAGAUACGCUUUAUUUGAUGACGUCAUGAGAAGUGUGACGCACCCGCAAUUUUUCAACCAUUGUGACAAAACAGAAGCACUGGUACAACCGAACAACAAACACACUGUUUUCGUCAUAAUUGGAUUGUCAUGCUUCCUUAGCGUUUGUGGAAUUAUUUUGGCCAAUUAUCUUGUUUCUAUGGACGAUUGAAUACGUGUGAAGAUAAAACGUUUGGAGAAAAUCCCACAAACACAAAAUCAGCAUCAAAAAUGUUAAUUUAUUCGUAGGAAUACGAUUGCGAAGAUCAAAUUUAUUAAAACAACGAAGAGAAAAA